AUGACCAUGAUGGCGUCGAUGUUCCGAGAGCCUCCAAAGAGAGCGCAACGCCAGGACCUGGCAGCAGAUACCCUUUUACACACUCCAGAUAUCUUUAUGAACACCGAGGCUUCUCAGUCAUCAAUUGUCUACCCUGACCUCCUCCCUCGAGUGGACCCUCCAAACCCCAGCGCGGGGAAACCGAAAGUCACAGUUCGCAACCAAGACAGCUUCACAGCUGCGAAGGAAAUCCUGGACCGAGAGCCAUCGGCCAGUGUCGGUGUUCUCAACAUGGCCAGUAAUACAGAGCCUGGGGGUGGAUGGUUGAAGGGCUCUCUAGCUCAAGAGGAGGCUCUAUGUCUCCGCAGCACUCUGGCCGCAACCCUCCAGGACAGAUUCUAUCCUCUUGCAGAUUUUGCAGCAAUUUGGUCCUCCAAAGUGGCUGUUUUCAGAGACGAAGUCAAAAACUGGUGCCUUGUCUACGAGCCCAGCAGGAUAUUUGUUGUGGGCGUGGUCAGUGUGGCGGGUUUGCGAUGUCCUCCACUGGCGGAAGACAACGAACAUUUCGAGUACCCUGGGGACAUUCGGGUCGUCAAGGACAAAAUGCGACAGGUCCUUCGCGUUUUUGCGAAGAACAAUAUUACUCAUGGUGUUCUCGGUGCUAUGGGUUGCGGCGCAUAUCGUAAUCCUCCACGAGAGGUCGCGCGAAUCUACAAUGAGGUAAUGAAUGAGCCGGAGUGGAGUGGUGUCUUUGAAGAACUUGUUUUCGCUAUUCUUGACUCGAGGGCGGACGGAAACUAUUCGAUUUUCAAGGACGCGCUGCAAAAUGAUGCCUGA